UCACUCUUUCAUCGGAGCAUAAAAAUGUUGAGCAUCUAUUGAUAUUGCAAAACAAGUUCAAGGGUUAGGGGGUGAUUGAAAAUUCCAUCAUCCCUCGAUUUCGUGAUAUCAGAUUUCCCGAAGAUGGUCAGCCUAGCUCGCAGUUUAAAUUCUACAGCGAGUGGUGCUGUUUUUUUCGACAGUCCGUUGAACAUGGAUGAUGAGGAAUAUCUACAGCCUGUUCUGUCUUCUGAGGAGGAAGAAACUUUUCAGCCGCUGGAUACAGCUCUUAUUGCUGCUGUACCAUUGCUGUUUGGGGCUGUCUUGGAAAUCACUGGAAUUAUUUUCGUGUCCCUCUGGCCCGAGGAGCGCAACAAAUGUGACACAUAUUUCAUAUUCCUCUACCUCCACUGUGCCUACUGGUUCAUGGUCAUGGUGACAGAUUACCUUGUUCGCCAGAAGCACCACAACCUGAGAAUCUGUGGAUACCUUGAUUUCUAUCAGUCCACGUAUCAGCACAUUCGAACACCUCUGUUCAUAGCCUCCCUCUGGAACACAUCGUAUCUGCUGCUCGCUGUUCUUCUCCAUCAUACUCAUAAGGUCGAUUAUGAGGCGUAUUGUCGAUCGUCCGAGUGGUUCACUCCUGUCAAUUACAUUUUACUGCUGACCACCUUGGAGCUGAUGAUUAUUAUUCCUGUUUAUGUGAAUUAUAUCAAACGUGUCCUUCGGUUCAAUCGCACAAAGCCGCCCCCUGACGUAACCAGGGAGGAAUGGUUGACGUCAUUCACACAAGAUUCGUACGCAGGUAGUACUGAAGUUGGUUAUCAACAAAGAGGGUCCGAUCUCACCGAACUCCUAGAGAAGCAAGCUGAUCUGAUAAGGUACCUUAGAGACCACAACGUUAAAUUGAGCCACCGUAUGAUGCUCCUGGCGUCCCAACGUCGCGCCGAACCCUAGAUGAAACCCAGUGAAAAUUCUCAAUUGAAAAUGCUCUGAAAUGUUUUACACCUCCACUGAGUGAGUUAUGGAUAAGUUUUUUAACCAGAAGUUCAACGUGUGCUAUCUAUGAAUAUGAAUAAUAUAUCGCGUAAAAUUUAUAUUUCCGUGUGUGCAAAGAAUUUUUAAUAUUUUCGACUUAUUUUGACACGAUCCAUUCAUUCUGUGUCGUAUUGUCAUCGAUUAACUAUCUCCUUUGCUUAGAAUUAUCUUGAAAUUAUUUGUUUAGUUAAUAAUUAUCAUUGGGUACAUAAGAACGCUAGUAAGUCAUCGAUUAUUUCAAAAUAACUAAAGUAUUACGUUUUAAUUUAAUUAAUAUUAAUAUAACAACGAGAGGGAGAGAGAGAGUCUAUACCAUGCAAUUAGAAUAAUAUGGUUUCUGUGAUAUGAAUGGGAUAUUUUGAAAAUUUAUAAUUCGCGUGUAAAUAAUAUGAUUUUACCAACUCAAUAAAAUAUAUAUUCAUUAUAUA